AUGGCAUCAGCAGCAGUCCAUCAAUCCACCGGCGCCCACACAACGUCGUUCGAGCCGCUCACCACAGUGCAGAGCGGCGUGACCAAGCACCAUGUUCAUACCCACCUGAACUACUAUAAGCCCAACGAGGAUGGCAGCCCGCCCGCGCCCGCGUAUGUCGGCAAGCCUGAGUCUUACGAGCGGCCUGUGCAACCCACCGACGUAACCGUCCAUGACAUCCGCGGCGAGUCCGACAAGUAUACACUUGACGGCCAAGGCUUCCAGAUCUACAACUUCCCCUCGUCUGAGAAGGACUUCUCGGAUGACGACAAGAUCAAGGCCGAGUACUACCCUGAGACGGAGCGUCUCCUGAAGGAAGCCACCGGCGCCAGCCGCGUCUUCAUCUUCGACCACACCAUCCGGCGCGCGCCCUCGGACCAACGCACCGGUGGGCCCAACCCGAUCCGCGGCCCCGUCAACCGCGUGCACAUCGACCAGUCCUACAGCGCAUCGCGCUCCCGCGUGCCGCACCACCUGCCCUCGCUCGCGGACCAGCUUCUCACCACGCGCCACCAGAUCAUCAACGUGUGGCGGCCCAUCAAGCGCAUCCUCAAAGACCCCCUCGCCGUCGCCGACGCGCACUCGGUGCCGGAGACGGACCUCGUGCCCGUCGGCCUCAUCUACCCGAACCGCCGGGGCGAGACCUUGUCGGUGCUGCCCAACGAGAAUCACCGGUGGCACUACCUGUACGGCCAGGAGCCGCAGGAGGUGCUGCUCAUCAAGUGCUACGAUAGCAAGUUGGAUGGGCGCGCAAGGCGCGUGCCGCACACGGCGUUCACGAACCCGGAGACCGAGGGCGAGGAGGCCCGGGAGAGUAUUGAGGUCAGGUGUUUGGUGUUUCAUGAGGAUGAGCCGGCCGAGUGA